CGGAUGCCUCAUCAAGAGGGGAGAGGCCAUGACGACAGCUGCUUGCGAAUCACGCAAUGAGCGAUGGUAGUGUUCUUGAUAUGUAAGCAAAGCCAUGGACCGUCACACUCCGACUCUCAAAUCGAAGGUAUGGGCACGGUGAGGUGAGUGACCCCCAUUUUACACCAAACCCCGGGGCAUCUCAGAUGAGAGGAUGGCGAUGGCAUCAUUUCAAAGGAUGAUGGCCAAUCUUGGAAAGGGAUAUGAACAGCGAGAUGAGUGCGACAUCUGUGAUACGGCCGAUAGUCACGGGUCCGAAGCAGACCCACAUGAUAAUGAGAUCAAACACGCUAGGGAAAGUACAGUGGCUGAAUUUGAUGCCAGGUUGAAGCCAUCGCCAGACGCAGAUUUGGUGAGCAAAUCGCAGAUACACGGCGUUGAGGUGGUAAAAACGGACGAGAACCGAAGUACCAUGUCGAUGGUCGCCUAGUAUUUCACGAGUUAGCCAUGGGUACAAGAGGCAGGGGCAACAUCCAGCAACAACGCAACGUGCAAA